AUGCCCUUCAUGUGGGCGCGCUCCACCUACCUCUGCUUCUAUUGCAAGCAGCCCGCCAAAGGUCCCGACGAACUAAGAGACCACAUAGAGACUAUGCAUCAAUUUCUCGAUCUCGACCAAAUCCUAAGUAUGAGGAUAUCAACUACUUGGGACAGUGAGGUCCCCGUCAAACUGGACGUCAAAGACAUCUCUUGCAAACUUUGCAUACAACCUAUCUCUGAUUUAAAAGGGCUCAUUGACCAUUUAAUCCAAGUUCACGAAGCAGAUUAUGACACUUCGAUAAAUGACUGCCUUUUCUCCUUUGUACUCGGUAACGAAAAAGUUACAUGUCCUAUCUGUAACAUACAAUUUAACUACUUCGAGUACCUCCUCCGACAUGCGAACAAGCAUCAUCUCAAUCACGACUUCACUUGCAACGUAUGCGGAAAGUCUUUCCACCGUAAAAAUUCCCUAGCGACACAUUUCAAUGACUACCACAAGGAAGGCGGCUAUCCUUGUGACAUCUGUGGUGUAGUUUGCACUACAGCCGCGAGACGGUACAACCACAAAAAGAACUACCAUUUGAUCGACCAUUUGAAGUGUCCUUACUGUCCGGAGAUUUCUAAGAGUAAAUAUUAUAAGAACCUCCAUUUGGCAACUGUUCACGGCGUAGAGAAAUGCCGCAGCGAGUGUCCUCAUUGCCAAAAGCUGUUUCCGCAGAAAGGUAUAAUGCUGGCCCAUGUCCGACGGGUACAUUAUAAAGAAAGGAACGUGAAAUGCGAGGUCUGUAGCUACAAGUUCUUCAACAAGGCGCACUUGGACGCGCACAUGGUGAAACACACGGGCGGACAGAUGUACACGUGCGAUGUGUGUGGGAAAGCUUAUCUGAGGAAGAGUACGCUGAAGGCUCAUUUGAAGCGACACGUCGGCGGUCGCGUCAAAGUUUAA